AUGUCUGCAGACGAAUAUAUUCUUGUCGAUUUUUACCAUGGUGGACAUAUUAUCAAGGAUCCUGUCCCGAGAUAUGUAGGAGAAAGGGGUGAGGAUGGUCACAUGAUAGACAAGGACCACUUUUCUCUUUUUGAGCUUCUGUCCUACACAAAGGAUAUGGGUUAUGCUGAGCAUGUAGUUAAUGAGCCUGUGUUGCUUGAUGAGACUGUCCCAUAUGGCCUUUUAUGUGGGCCAGAAGUUGUUGAACCAAGUGAAAAUACAUUAAAUAAAGAGGCUAGGGCAACAUCUACUGUUCCAGAGGAUAUAGAAGUCCAAGAAAGUACUACAUAUAACACAUCUAUGCCUGAAAAAAAUCUAGCUGAUGUUGGGGUUACAGGUGAGAAUUUACAAGGGGUUGAAGAAACAACAAACAUAGAUGCUAAUUUGGCAUCAGAUCUGUCAAGUAGUGAGUCUGAAUUAGAUAACAUUCCUGAUGAAGAUGAUAGUGAUGUGAAUGAAGAGCUCACUUCAUUAAGACCAUCUAAGAAGGACAGGUUUGCUGGAAAAUUAGGAGGGGAUGAAGACUACUACACCAGUUCUGAUAUUGGAAGUGAUGAUAACACAGAUGAGUUAGAUGUUUUAGCUGAAAGGGGUAUUGGCUUACCUCUUAGAAGGAGAAGUAAAAAGGUAAGGUUUGACCCUGACUGUUACCUUGCUAUUUUUGAGCUUGGUAUGGUAUUUGAAAAUGCUAUAGAUUUUAGAAAAGCAGUAGCCUCAUAUGCUGUGGAGAACAAAGUGCAACUAACAAUUAGGCCUAAUGAAAAGGAUAAGGUUAGAGUUAAGUGUAAAGGAGCCCAGUGUAUCUGGGAAUUGUAUGCAAGCAAUUAUGGAGAUUCAUGUGACUUUACUGUGAACAAGUACCAUCCAGCUCAUAAGUGCAACACCAAAAAUAAGAACGAAUUAUGUACUUCUAAGUACAUUGCCAAUAAGUAUAAAGAUAGGAUUAUUUUCCACCCAAAUAUUAAGUUGUGGGAGACUCAGGAUUUGGUGAGGGAUAAGUUAGGUUUGUAUGUUGGAAGGACUAUUUGUUACAGGGCUAAGUGUAGGGUGAUAAGUCAAUUCAUGGGUGACUGGAGGAUGGAACUUAACAGACUUGCUGAUUAUGCUGAUAUUAUUAAGCAAACAAAUCCUGGGAGUUCAUGCUGGAUCAGAAGAGAUAGUGAGACCAUUCCUAGCAAGGAUCUGUUUGUCUAUUUCUAUCUAUGUUUAGAUGCUUUGAAAAAAGGAUGGUUAGAAGGGUGCAGAAGGAUUAUAGGAUUUGAUGGUUGUUUUCUAAAGGGAAUCUGCAAGGAUUUACAAUUGGGAUAUGAUGUUGGCUUAAUUGUUAUGUCAGAUAUGCAAAAGGGACUAGUACCAACUAUAAGGGAAUUACUACCAAUGGUAGAACACGGAAUGUGUGCUAGACACAUUUGGUCUAACUGGUCCAAGAACUGGAGAGGUGAAGAAAGGAGGAAACAAUUCUGGAGAUAUGCCAAAGCAUCUUAUGAAGUAAAAUUCAAGGAAGAACUGGAAGCAAUGAAUAAUCUUGGUUAUAAGAUAUGUGAAGACUUGUUGAAGUAUGAUAAAGAGUAUUGA